AUGGAUGUCAACAGUCUCAUUUCAGGGCUAGAGGACUUCAACAAAAUCCGCCCCCCAGCCUACAGAGUUGCAAUGAAGCUUGAACGUCUACAGAACAUUUGUCACAUGGAUGUUGUGUUGACCCGCCACAUCGAGGCCGCCCUUGACCCGGGGGGCAGAGGCAAGCGGCAGCGGGAUUCUGUCCUAUGCAUGGAUGAAGUCACCCAGCAGCUGAAGAAGAUGUUCAGAAGUGUGUCACCGGAAUUUGCAGAUCACUCUAUCGUGGAGUCGGCCGAGAAAUUGAGCAGUCUUAUAUUCAAGAUGUUUGAUGGGAAUCAGUUGGGUCAUAUACGUGCCGUUUCUCUCCGUAUUGCCCUCAUCUGUUUAUCGGCAAAAACACUCCUGCUGAAAUAUGGAGCCCUGGUGUGUACAGCGGCAAGUGCUUCUGGAUCCAUUAGUAGGUCAUCUCUUCGAUCUUUAUUGGAGGAUGUCAACCAGGUUCCCGCGGUCAUCCAGGAGGAAGGGGUGUUUGGGGCUGUUGAAGAAGCAGUGAAGUCAUGUUUUCACGGGGUGCUGACCUCCACCGUAAACAGGAAACACGUUUUAUCAUGGCUGCAGAGUGAGCCUCGUUUGUUGCUAUGGUUACCUGUUCUCUAUCGCCUGUUCAUAAGUCAGAAGGUCGUUCACCCCGUCCGCUGUCAUAUCUGCAAGAUAUUUCCCAUCAGUGGACUCAGGCAUCGCUGUGUGAAGUGUCUGAAAGUCCACAUAUGUCAGAGCUGCUUCUUGUCGGAGCAACAGACACGCAAACAUAAGAGUCACCAUCCAGUGAUGGAGUUCUGCACACCGCCCACAUGGCGAGAGACUUUCUCUUCAAUCGUGCACCGUGCUCGUCACUCCCUGUUACCACGACGAUCUACUCAAGGAGGGCCUGACAUCGCAAAGAGUCCAACGAGGGAGGAAGCAAAGGACAGCCAUAAGACUGCGCCACCUGUCCAUUCUGCUGCCACUCUCCAAGAAUGUGGGAGCACCUCUUCCGUUGUCUGUGUUUCCCAUGAUUCCACAGUACAACUUCAAUCCUUUUCAUCCAAGUCCCUUCAGACUGAGGAGACACUGCCAGAACAGUUGGAAGUAUCCACUCUGCUCACUGAAGUCAGGAACCUGCACAAAGACAAACGGCUUUUGGAAGAGCAGCUGCAGGUGUGGCAUCUCGCUGUCCAAUCCGAACAGUGUAUGCUGAAGGACCGAUGUGCGGAGACGACCCUCACUCAGUGUUUACCUUCACCCAUGAACAUUUUCAUUCUUCAGACACUGAACAAGCUGGAACUCCAGCAAUCUGCCAAUAAUGUGCCACAACACCAGAACGAGAUGGAGAACACGGAAAACAUAGACAAAGGAACCAUGACACCAACGUCUGACGUAGACACCUGCGUAGAUGAAGAUAAAAACGAAGAAUUCAUGUUGAAGACAGACGAGGGGAGUGAGAGUGAGGGAAGUUCACUCACAACAAUAAACCAAGAUUGGUCACAUGACAUCCAAUAUGAGGAGAAGUGUGCUGCUAACAGCCAUCUUUGUCAAUCCAUUCAACAAGAGGAUGUACUAAAGGAGGUGGACAAAGGUAUGGCUGAUGAACAGGCUUGUAGACCUUGUAGUCCAGAAGAGAUGCUGGAGCAAACGAUGGACCGAUUAAUAAGUGUCUUUGGGACUGGCAGGAGGAAGGAUGAACAAUCAGGUGACAACAAGGCUUUGGCACUUAUUGAGGCUGCGGACCAAGUUGGAGACUCUUUACUCUGCCUGGUGGACAGUUUGAGGCAAAUCCCCAUUUAG